AUGGCGGAAAGCGACGUCGAGAUUCCAGAGACGCAUGUCUUGGCCGUUGCUAGCCAUGUGACCUCUGGAUAUGUCGGCAAUACUAUGGCCACGUUCUGCAUGCAGACUCUGGGAUGUGAAGUGUCUGCCAUCCACACUGUGAACUACAGCAACCAUGUCGCAUACAAACGAUUCAAAGGACGGAAGACCACACCGGAAGAAGUAGCAGAGCUAUAUGAAGGUCUGAAGGAGGCCGGUCUCGACAGCUUCGACAUGAUGCUUUCAGGAUAUUGCCCCUCGGCAGCGCUGGUAGAGCAAGUGGGCAAGAUUGGAAGAGAAGCAAAGCUCAAAGCUACGACUAAGCCGGGAUCUUUCUUCUGGGUGUUGGAUCCGGUAAUGGGCGACAAUGGGAGGAUAUACGUCGCAGAGGACACCGUACCAGCAUACAAGAGCCUACUCAAGGACGCAGAUCUCAUCCUGCCGAACCAAUUCGAGGCGGAACUCUUAUCGGAUGUCAAAAUUCGUGAUCUUGCAAGCAUGGAGCAGGCCAUCUCGAAGCUUCACCAGGCAUACACAGUACCUCAUGUGCUGAUCACUUCGAUCCGACUGCCAACAACAGCGUCGAGCUCACCUUCGGGUGGGAGUGAGAGUCGAUCCACUGCAGCGAAGCUCUCAGUGAUUGGAUCAACCGCAACAUCAACGGGAAAGCCACGUCUGUUCCGCAUCACGGUGCCCGCACUGCCGGUUUUCUUCUCUGGCACUGGUGACAUGUUCGCCGCACUUCUAGUCGCCCGACUUCGACAGGCCGCCAAAGCAGCAAAUGUCUUGGAUAAGCCUAGCUGGCGGAGUGAGGACGAUGUCGCGGGUCCGGAAUUGCCCCUAGCAAAGGCUACCGCAAAGGUCUUGGCCAGUAUGCACGCUGUCUUGAAGGAUACGGCAGAUCACUACAACGCCGCUGCGAAAGAGCUUGGUGAUGAGAAGCAGCUCAACGAGGGCACGGGGGCAGCAGCUGAGAAAGAAAAAGAGACUGAACGUCAUCUGAAGCUGACGAGGGCAGCGGAGGUGAGAGUGGUGAGAAACACGACGGCAUUGCGAGAGCCGCCCAAUCUGCAAGAUUUCAAUGCUUUGGCUGUGGUGUCGGACCAGGGAACCAAUGAGUAA